AUGCAGCUGCACGAGUUUAUGCACUAUCCACAUUUGGGCUGCCGUCUAACCAUGAUGCGGCGCUAUGAGUGGCAAGGCAGCGGCGUGCCACAGGAGCAGCAAACCAGGCUACAACGCGCGUUCUUCUACUUUGGUGCGUUCAAUCUGAUCUAUCAGAACUUGGGCUUGGCCAUUAAUCUCUUCUUGGUGCAACCACAAAGACUCCAGCUAAGCGCUUUUGUCGCUGAAAUAUCUGAGACUUGCAGCGUCAUGGGCCUAACACUGGUGAGUGCCUGCGACUUGUGGCUGCUGGAGCACCAUCGGCCAGACAUUGAGUUCCUGCUGAGUGAACUGCAGAAGUUGUUCGAGCAGCGCACUCGAAACCGAAACCGGGUUGCCUAUUACUACAGCACAUCCUCACGUCUUAUGCGCUACACCACAAUCUUCUUCGUCUUUGCCUGCAUCUACUAUAAUCUGCUGCCCAUACUGGAGCUGCUCUACGAGAUGCUGGCGCAAUCGCAGCACAUACGCUACAAGUCCCAGAGCAACACUUGGUAUCCCUGGCAACUAUUCGCCGCACCGGAUUCCUACUUAAGCUUUUUGGCCGCCUAUGUAUGCCAAGGCAUGUCCUCGCUCGUCGGCGUCGCUUUCAUCAUGGCCAGCCAGUUUCUGCUUUGUUUUUUCAUCACUCAAAUGCAGCUGCAUUUCGAUACGCUGGCCAGUGGGCUCGGCGCACUGGACGCGCGUCAGUCCACUGCCAAUAUGCAGCUGAAGAAUCUGAUUGCCUAUCACAGUCGCCUGCUUAAGCUGGGCGAUCUGCUGAAUCGCAUCUUUAACUUUAUAUUUCUCAUCAACUUUACCACAUCGACUAUUGCCAUUUGCCUUAUGUGUUUCGCCAUGGUCAUGAUCAAUCUGGCCUCCGCUUUCAAGUACUCGGUGGGCCUGAUGGCCUUUUUGGUAUUUACAUUCUUUAUUUGUUAUCAGGGCACUAAGUUCACCAAAGCGAGCGACAAAGUGUUGCCGGCUGCUUUUUACAACAAUUGGUAUGAGGGGGACUUGGCCUAUCGCAAGAUGUUGCUUUUCUUGAUGAUGCGUGCCAGUCAGUCGCGUGUGCUGCGAGCUUAUAAAUUUACGCCAGUGUCUCUGGCUACAUUUAUGGCGAUUCUAAAGUUCUCGUAUCAGCUGUUUACGUUUGUGCACUCAAUGAUUUCAGAAAACUAG